AUGAGCGGCAAGAAACACAAUGUCUCUCAAGACGUUUUCGGAAGAGACCUUUCAUACCUUUUAUCAUGUCACCCAGCGUUGGAACAAUUGAAUAAGAUCGACUUGUAUUCAAGCGACAUGGAAAGCGCAUACAGUCCUCUACACGUUUGCCUUAGACUUGGGUACUUAGAGAAAGCAUACAAGCUGUACCGGCGUUGGAAGAGGCAGCAGUCGUCCCAGUACAAUUCAAACUUGAAAAAUAUUUGGGACCUUAAAGAUCGUGAGGGCUUGACGCCUAUCGAGCUCUACCGGUGUGAAAAUAACAUUUGGAAUUACCACAAUGUUCCGGUUGCACUCUAUCCUGAAAGACGGUCCUCUGAGGAGUCUGUUUCCGUAGUGCAGUGGGAGCCCAGAUCGCACAAAGAGAACUCUUCAAAUUGCCGCGGACGCAGCGUACAAGAACUGCGUGAUGUUUAUCAGCUUUUACGUGGUGGCCGUGAGCUCUACACGAUUGGGUCUAAUGUGAAUUUGCAACUAGGGACUGGUGACUCUGAAGAUAGACAAGAACCUUACAAACUCGAUGAAUACUUGCUAUCAAAUUCCAACGAUCCAUGCCAAAGAGUUCGAUUUAAAGCUGUGAUAAUGAAGAGGUACCAUUCUCUUACUGUUACCACUGAAGGGCAGAUUUUCACUGCUGGAAGUGGAAGUAGAGGCAGACUGGGUAACAACGACACUAACAUGUCGAAUGUUCGUCAUGCAAAAGUUGACAUGGACUCACAUCGCGUACACCAAUUAGACUCUAGUGAUCAUCACUCAGUUGUUUUAACGACUAGUGGUGAUAUCCUUACAUGGGGUUGGAAUCGUUACUCUCAACUCGGCUAUUCAACUCCCUCCACAAAUGUUAAGAAGCUCGAUAAUUCUGCGCUUGAGAACGUUUGUAGUGCAAUUCCGAAGAAAGUCGUUAAUCCACCAUGGAAAAAGUCCCCUCCAUCUAAGGUCAAAUUUGUUGCCUGUUCAAAAGUGCACACCUGUCUCAUUGACGAUCAAAAUAACUUUUAUGCAUGGGGCUUAAAUCUUGGGCAGAUGGGAACAACCAAGAACUAUAGCGAGGACAGCGAUUUUAGCUACUUGGGUCAUAGGGGCUGGGUCAUCUCGUCGCCCCAAGGAUCAAAACUUCCAUCCUUUGUUCAACACAUCAGACAACUUUUCUGCACAGAGUUUGCUACAUUUAUUCUUUCUGGAGAAAACCAGCUAUGCGUCAUUACCAACUACAAAAUUUUGAGUUUCAGUAUACCGAAAACUAUAUCUAAGCAGGUUUCCUUAAAUCAAUUCGAUGUGUUUACCCCCAACUCUCUGAGCAAGAAGAAUAGAGUUGUAAAAAUAAAGACAACGCAUCCUUUUGGCAACAACAUUUGCGUUCUCUAUGAAAGUGGUGCCGUGGGUAUACUUCAAUCAAACUUGAUCCAAGAUUCCGUUCACGGCUGGUCCAAGCUGCCGAACUCCCUGCCUAUCACUCAAUACUGGAUACCCUAUUUUGGAUGGAAUAAAUGCUUGGAUUUUGAUGUUGGCGCAAAUGGUCAACUUAUACUCUGCACGAGUGGGGGCUACAUUUAUAAAUCAAAUUCCGCUUCAAACCCUCAGUUUCAUCGUCAAGUAAGUAAUAAGCUGGCAUCGGGUAAAAGCGUUAUGGUUAGCUGCGACUCGUUAUUUUCUUCGUUUGGUAUUAUAAGAGACGAUGUGGACAUGAUUCCUGUACGUUUUGUCAAACAACAUCUGUACUAUGAUAUGUCCUCAUUGUCGCCGCUAUCAAGUGCCAAGCUUGAUAGUCGAAGGGUCCGCGAUUAUGAAUUACUGGAUAAAAAUGACUCAGACUUUAUUUUUGACGAUUUCGUCAAGUGCUCAAAUAACGAAAAGAUUGACGGAUUAUACCUUGAAGAGGUAAAUGACAACACUGAGGACGGUGUUAUUCAAGAUGACAUACUGUGGAAAACCUUCAGAAAGAGGUGGUCUAGAUCAAAAACUCUGGACUAUAAUGGCAGUUUUGCGUUUCAUCCUAACCAAAUAAAUUGCGAUGAUUUUAAUCAAGGAGCAAUGAGAACAUCGUAUGACUUGUAUUUUACUGAUAGCAAAUCCGGUGCUGUUAUUGCUGCAUGCCAUUGGGCCCUGCUUGAAGUCCGCGCCUCUUUGUUCACAACACAUUUACAUGAAUUCGGUUAUUUCACCUCGAAAGUUGACAGCGGCGUCACCUUUCGCUUUAAAAAUGAUUUGCCUUCUCCUAGUGAUCAUAGAGUUAUUGAGGUUGCAUGCGGGAGACUUUUGCCUGAGGCUCUUAACUACGCAUUGCAUUAUAUGUACACCGACAAAAUUCCAGAACUUUCCCAUAUUCUUGAUCCAACCACGAGGAAGAGAAUGGAGGUAUCAACCAAAGCAUUCAUGAAACUGCUUGACUUGCAUUUAAGCACAUUUAGAGGAGACCAACUUCCCUCUGCCCUCGCAAAACUAUUGAGUGAAUCAUUAAGCUCGAAAGAACUCUCGACGAAAUCGGUGCCUGAUAUCACAAUAAGGCUUGCAAAUGGUGAGACGUUGAAAGCCUUCUCUUUCAUGUUAGAAAGCAGGUGUGCAUUUUUCGAAAGCUUAUUUUCAAGGGACUGGAACCGAUCUGAUGACUCCAUCAAAGAAUUAUUUAUGGAACAUGUCUCUGUUAAUGAAAUGACGUGCAUUUUGAAGUACAUUCAUGGACUCCCAUUUCCAGAUUUGUUUUCACAUUGUACAUUUGAUGAUUAUAAAGGUUUUGUGAAUUUCGUUCUAGGAGUGAUACAAAUUUGCGACGAAUUGAUGCUUUUCGAUUUAAAGCAUUAUCUCGCAAGUAUCUUAAUCGAUUUUAUUGACGCUAGUACCGUAAUGGUUAUUUUGGUCAAUGCGCAUCGUCUUUUUUCUAAUGCUCUCAUAAUAGAGUGCUGCUGGUUCAUUCACAACAAUAUCGACCUUCUGUUUGAUGAAAGAAACUCAAAAAUCAUUGAAGAGCAUUUUGAUUCCGAGUUGUGGACAAUACUACAGGACUUCAUUUUAGAAGCAAAGACAAGAAACCGUAGGGAGUUCAGUGGAUGGUACGGUGAUGAGGGCAACGCGAACUAUUCGAUAGGACUUUUUGAAAAGAAUUGUACCAAGUUCAACUCACUUUUCAUGGACAACAGUAAUCCAUUUGAGCCGAGCUUCGAGUCUAGGCCUCACCAUAAAAAGUCUGCAGGAUCCAAAAAAAGUACCGAUCGAAGAAGAUCGUCGAACAACCAAAGGACUUCGUUGUCCCAAGAAAACCUUGCAAAUGUACGCAGGCCGUCUUCCAGCGCGUUAGACUCCAAAAGUUCGGCCCUGAACAAGUUGAACUUUGGCGCAUUGAACAAAGAAACUGAGGAAGCUGUUGAGGAUGAUCUGUCAAACAUGGAUCACCAAGGCUUUGUAACAGUCGGAAAAAGUAGACGAAAAUCAUCUCGUAGUCAUAAAGAGCACAUCACCGCAACUAGCUCUACUCUUACUUCCGUUGGCUCUAGCUCUGUUGCUGCUACUUUGAAUGUCGUCAAGUUUGAAGCUGCUGGCAAUUUCGAAAGUACAUCAGAUCUAGAAUUACGUGCCAAUGUUUCAAGUUCGGCCCCCGAUCGAAAGAGCCUUUUUCCUGAACUUUCGAGUGCGAUUCAAGUAAGCUCGGCUACAGAGUCGGUUAGCAAAGUGGGCCCUUCUCUGUUCUCUGCCGUGAAGAAAAAGUCACAAAAAGAACGCAUGAAGAUUGCCACUUACGAAAAUGUGCAAGACGUACCAGUUACAAAAAAGCCUGUUUGGGGUGGAGGGCCAUCGAAGUCGUCCUCCACAUCUGCUCAAUCAACAGCCUCGGUGGCUAACAAAUUCCCAUCUAUAACACAAUCAAUACGGGGUCAGAAUACCAAGAGAAAAAGCUCCGUAGUUGGGCUAACGAGCACUGGUGAAAGUUCGACAAUUCCGCUGUAUCUAAGCAAUACGAAGGAAAACGUCCCAAAACCGUCGCGAUCCCUUAAAGAGGCCAUCGAAGAGGAACGAUUUGCCAAAUGGUGGUCUCAGGAAUCCGAAAAAGUUCAAGAGCAGCUCAAAAAGGAAGAAGAAAGAGAGCGCUAUCUUCUCAACAAGUCCAAACCAAAGGAUUCUCAAACGGAUGCAGAGGGUGGAAAAAAACAUUCCAGACAUGAACGCGCCCGAAAGCCGCUACAUAAACGUCAAACGGGAGCGAAAGCUUCUACUUGA